GUCUCGCAACCCACCGCAUCUCGCUGCUUCUCCACCGAGCCGAUCACGAGCAGCAACUAGUUGAGUGCAAGCCGCCGCUGUCGCUGUCGCCGUCGCCGUCGCCGUCGCCGUCGCCGUCGCCGUCUUCUUCUUCGUCUCCGACAGGAGGAGCGGCAGGAAACCCCGGGAGGAGCUGGCCAACCUGGAUCAGCUGGAGGGCGGCGCCGCCUCCGUGCGCGGGCACGAGACUGAGGAGCAGCGCAACAAGUUCCUCGUGCUCCGCCUCUACGAGGCGCUCAACAACCGCGACCACACCGCCGUCCACUCCCUCCUCGCGCCGGACCUCGAGUGGUGGUUCCAUGGCCCGCCCGCGCACCAGCACAUGAUGCGCCUCCUCACCGGCGGCACCUCACCGUCCUUGUUCCGCUUCCAGCCGCGCUCCGUCGACGCCUUCGGCUCCACCGUCAUCGCCGAGGGCGUGGACGACAAGGCCAAGGCAUACUGGGUGCACGCCUGGACCGUGGGCGGCGAUGGGGUGAUCACCCAGCUGCGCGAGUACUUCAACACCGACCUCACCGUCACGCGCCUCGCCGCCGCCGCCGCGUCCAAGUGCGUCUGGCAGAGCCGCCGCCCCGACCGCGCCCGCAACUCCCUCCCGGGCCUCGUCCUCGCCCUCUAACUGCUGAAAGCAAUGUAGUACUAUGUACUCCAGCGAGAUUGCUUACCGCAUUUCCAGACGUCUCGUGCACCUGAUGAUGAUGAACUGGUAGUAAAUUAGUCGAGUGCCUUUGCGUGACAGUACGCAACGCCACGAGUGAAUGUCUAGCGAGUCUUCAAAGGCAUAGAAGUUUCUAGAUGAAGCGCAAAACCUUCCGAGUUUUCAUCAUUUUCCUAUUGCUGUAAAACAGGGCGGCCCGCUAGUGAACGAUGUGUAUACUUACGUCAUUUCA